CUUCUUCACGUAAGCUGUUUUCGCGCAAGCUGCGCUUACUUUAAUCGCACGCUCAUCAGAUGUGUUUAGAACCUAUUCGCAAAUGUACAGCUUCAGCUUCCAAUUUCGGUGAGGCAGGUAACAAUGAAGGUCGCCCUAAUCACCGUCCGAGUUGCUGUCGUGGUGGUUAUAAUCACAGAAGUGGAGCUCGUUAAAGGAAGGAGAAGUUACAACGUUAACGGGGCAAGAGGACGCGGGUCAAGUCUUUUAGGAACGCCAGGAAAAUACGCAGUAACAGAGAACCGACGACCAGCUUCUGCGGCACAGAAACCGAAGGGACCCAGAUAUGUCGUCGGAAAGCCCGGUUCCCGCUUUACGGGGGUGCGACAGAAAAGCCCGAAGGCCCCAGCAAAGAAUAGGAAACCGGCGCCUUCCAAUCGCAGGACCAAAAACACUACCCACAAGGCUACAGCAAAGCAGACUCCUUCAAAGCAAACUGGCAAUGCAACCACGGAUCACCCUCCAGCGGCUGGAACGCACCAAGAUGGAACUGGGGAUGCGGGGCCUGUAAUGACGAACCAUGGAGGAAUGACGGGCGGCAUGAACCCUAUGGUUGGACAUGGUGGAAUGAUGGACCCUAUGGCCAUGGGAAUGGGAGGAAUGGGAAUGGGAGGCAUGGGAAUGGGAGGCAUGGGAAUGGGAGGUAUGGGAAUGGGAGGUAUGGGCAUGGGAGGCAUGGGAAUGGGAUACGGUCCAAUGAGUAUGACAGGAAUGUUGAUAACACAAAUAGGAAAUACAGUGGCCGACGCUGCAGUCAAGAUAACGAAAGCAGCUGUUGGAGCGGAAGACUCCGGUGCCGCUCCAGACGCUAGUGGAGGUGGCGGAGCGGAUGCCAACGCCGCAGAAGGUGGAGGUGACGUACAGCCUGACAGUGGCACAGGAACAAGUGAAGUGUCAAGCGUGUAAAGGUGUGCAGCGCCUCUCAGAGUUCCCAUGAAGAGGUACGCGCAUGCCAGAGAAGCCGUUGUGCCGUGCUUACGGCUCAGCACAAAAAAAAAAAAAAAGAAAGAAGACCAUGUUAAAGGGACAUCAAAAGCGACACUAAAUCAGUUUAUAUUGAUAGAAUUUCGAAAUAUGAUUCGUAAUAUUUGGCGGCAUGCCAUUUAUUAUACCCGGUGAUAAUGAAAACGAAACUUUCGUUUCUUAAAAUCCACAUCACAAAUCGACUGCUGAUGACCAAUUAUGAUGUCGCACAUUGAGCAAUAAGCUCCCGCCUUUCUUUAUUUGCUCUUUUUGUCUCAUUUGUUAGCUUCUUUGUCAAUUAUACAUAUCGUUUAAAAUCGAUUUGUUUACAUGCUUCUUGUCAUAUUUUCCGCAUAACUAAAUUUUUCCAUCUUAUUCGGCCCCUACAGAUACAGUUCUCCAGGCGGCAAGAAAUACCCGUUUUGACACUUUCUUUACUUCGCUUUUCGCUCAAGUCAGAUAGCAGCUCGGGAAAUUUACGCCGUAUACUGAGAGGACA